AUGCUGCGCGCUGCUCACUCAUCACCUCGUCAGCAUGAUACUCAAUCCCCAAAACCAAGCCGCGUAGCUUCUGCUUCUCCCUCUCCCUCUCCCUCUCCGUGCAUCAAGGGCCUCCUCGACUUGCUGCAAACUUCCAAGGUCGGUGCGUCAAUCCAAGUGCCAAGCUCAGUGGCACGCUGCUACUGGGACCAAUCCAAGACCAACGACUAG